UUUUGCUCUUUCAAAGAAGUCUCUUUUUUACGAACUCCAUUCGAAAUCGAAGCCAUUUUUCAUUAAUUUCUCUUUUUUUUAGUUUUUUUAUUUGAUUUUGUUCACUGAUUCUCAUCAUCUGCCAGAGUUAUAGUUUCAAUCUUUAACUUGCCCAUCGGAAUUUGUGUACGAAUUCAAAGAAAGAAUCGGCAUCAAAGAUGGUGCCUUUUUGAUGAAUUUGUGCUCAAGAUUGGAAGGCCAGCCGAAUUUUUUGUUGAUUUGCUGCUGUGAAUCUGUUUUCUCCUCCGGUGAAUGACAAGUUAUUGUUCGACAAGGAUCUUCUCCAGGAUGCUUCUAGCUCAGAGGAGUCUGAGACUGCGUUUGCCAAAAAGAUUAACUUGCUUAUGCAGUCUCACCGAUCUGAUGCCACUUCAAUCACCCUCAACUCUCCUCCUGCCCUCGAAGGAUCUUGCAUUGUGUGCCUGGUGAAGCUAACGUUGCAAGAUACCUUCCUCACGUUGGAAUGAAGGCAUUGGUUUCAUGGCCCACCUUCUCCUCUCAUCCAAGAAGAAAGGAACCGCAGAUCUCUCUCCGGCAUAUUGCUUCCUUGGCAACUACCGAACUUUGUGAUUCAAAUGCAUUGCUUCUAACAAAGGGAGAUGUGCGUGUUCUGCCACCGAUUUUCAACAUAUAUGGGCACCGCAGAGCAUUCUCCGGGCCCAUUGUGACAGUGAAGGUGUUUGAAGACAAUGUGCUUGUUAGAGAGCUUCUUGAAUCUCCGGGAGACGGAAGAGUUCUGAUCAUCGAUGGAGGAGGGAGCAUGAGAUGUGCCUUGCUUGGUGGCAAUCUGGCACAGAUAGCCCAGAACAUGGGCUGGGCGGGCAUUCUGGUUAAUGGCUGCAUCAGAGAUGUCGACGAGAUCAAUGGCUGUGAUGUUGGUGUCCGAGCAUUGGCUUCUCAUCCACAGAAAUCAUACAAGAAACGCGUCGGUGAAAAGCAUGUUCCAGUGAACAUUGGUGGCAUUAUAAUUCAUGACGGUGAAUGGUUAUAUGCCGAUAGUGAUGGCAUCCUCAUUUCUAAGACGGAAUUAUCUAUUUAACAUCUGCAGAAGAUUACUUUCUUGGGUAAAAAUCAUUGAACUAUUUGCCUGUACCAAAAAAGGUGGUAAGUAAAUCUUUAUGAUAUGCAGUAAUUUGAUGGCAAACAAUUUUAUGUGUCAUUGCAAAUUAUGGACAUUGUAACCAUUUGUGGUUGUUCUCUGAACCAAAAUGUUGUGUAGAAAAAUAACUGAUGUUGCUGACAACCAAAGAACAUCUUAAGAAGCUCAGUAUAUUGCCCAUGGCUCUUUCUUUCUCUAAAUAUUAUGAAUAUUUUUGUUAA